AUGAGUACGGAUGCUAGCGCUGCGGACGGCGGCAUGACGUCGUGCCUCAAUCUCAUGCGUCGCAUGCCGCCUCGUGAGGUGGAGACGGACGUGUACAACCUUACGCGCCUUGUUCCUUCCAUCGCAGACGAGCUGUACCAACGCGUGGAUCAGCCGCUUCAGGUGGCUGUGGACCCUGCCAACGGCCGCAAAUAUCUCCUCUGCGACUACAACCGCGACGGUGACUCGUAUCGCUCCCCGUGGACCAAUCAAUACGACCCUCCAGCAAGCGAUGGCGAAGGUUUCUUCCCGUCCGAGACGCUACGUGAGCUGGAGGUGCAUGCCAACGAAAUCUUCGACUCGUACCGUGAACUGUACUAUCAAGGUGGCAUCUCGUCCGUCUAUAUGUGGGACUUGGAACUUGGUUUUGCAGCCUGUUUUCUCGUCAAAAAGGACGUUUUAGACCAAAGAUUCAUCGAGAAAGGGGAAUGGAACUCUAUCCACGUAAUUGAAGUGCAGGAGGGCAGCGACGUGCUUGACAAAGGCGUCAAGAAGGCCACGUACCGCCUUACAACGUCUGUGUUGCUGUCUAUGAAGGUCAAUCGCCCUGAACUGGGCGACCUGACACUGGAUGGAACACUCACGAGACAGGCAGAGCGCACUAUGGAGUUUGAAGAUCAAUUUGCCCACGUGUCCAACAUGGGCCGCAUGGUCGAGGACAUGGAGAUCGACAUGCGCUCCAGUCUAGAUGGUCUGUAUAUCUCUAAGACUCGUGAAGUGAUCAAUGGCAUGCGUAAAUUGCAACAAGGACCCGCCAUGGCGAACCCUUUUGUCGGUGAACUAAACAGCGCUGUGCUCAAGCACGGGCAGAAGAAGCAACAGGAGUAG